CUUCCUCACCCUUUUCUUCUUUCUUUCUCUAAGGAAAAGAUUAAAGAUUAGAGAAGAGAUUACAAGUUAAUCACCUCUUAAUCAUAUUGCUAAACAUAAAUAAUUAUUAAUCAUAUAAUAUAAUUAAGGAGAAAUUAAAAGAAAUGGGAAGAGCUCCUUGUUGUGAUAAAGCUAAUGUGAAGAAAGGUCCAUGGUCUCCUGAAGAAGAUGCUAAGCUCAAAUCUUAUAUUGAAAAACAUGGCACUGGUGGUAAUUGGAUUGCCUUGCCUCAAAAGAUCGGGCUCAAGAGAUGUGGAAAGAGUUGCCGCCUUAGAUGGUUGAACUAUCUUAGACCUAACAUCAAGCAUGGAGGAUUCUCAGAAGAGGAAGAUAAGAUUAUCUUAAGUCUUUAUGUUAGUAUAGGAAGCAGGUGGUCUAUAAUUGCAGCACAAUUACCAGGAAGAACGGAUAAUGACAUAAAGAAUUAUUGGAAUACAAGAUUGAAGAAGAAGCUUUUGGGUAAACAAAGGAGAGAUCAACAACAACAUUCUAGAAACCCUAGCAAUAACCCAAUACUAAAACAAGAAGUAAUGGAUAACAAAAUGGUUAAUCCAAUUUCAUUUACUUCAUCUUUAUACAAUAAUCACAACCAAUUCCCUAUACUUCCUCAAUUGAAUUUGCUUAAUUACUCAAAUUCUUGUAAUAUUUUCCAAGGAGUUAGCAAUAAUGAGGAUCAUAAUCACACUUCAACCAUGAAAUUACUGAUGAAGAUUGAAGGGGAUUAUGAUCAUACUAUAAACCCUAAUCAAAUCCUUCUUCAUAAUCAUGAUCAUUAUCCUAAUAUAAAUAACAUUGAUUAUCCAAGUAAUGAUAUCUAUACACAUGAAGGUCAAAUGGUGGAAGGGCAAAGUAGUACUUUCCCACCCGAAAUUGAGGCGUUGAUGAGUAGUAAUAAUGGCAACAACCCACAAAGGGAGGUUUUAGAUGGACUUGAAUUCUUGUAUGGCGGUGGCGGUGGUGGUUGUGGUGGCGGUGCUGGCGGCGAUUACGGUGGUGAUCAUUUGGUAAACAAUCAUGAAGGAAUGAUUUCAAUGGGAUCUCUUCCUAAUUUGGAACUUGAUGGUAAUGCUUUGAUUCAAGGUAUUGAAGAAGAAGGUAGUCAUUUUGAAGAGCAUAUGAGAUUAAACUCUUUUGUCUCUGCUCAACAAUCAGCAUGCAUAGUGUUCUUUGCUAUAAAAAACAGUUGGCUCAUUGUGAAGUGA